UAAUUUCCAACUCUCUUUAUCGGCCGCAAGUAAGCUAUUCUGCUUUAAAAGAAGAAAAUGAUCGUCUUCGGGCUGAAAACAAAAAGUUAAUACAAAAAAAUCAGAUUCUUAUUAAAAAAACAAAAUCACUUGAGUCCCAAAAUCGUCACUUCCAGCAAAAAACAUCUCGCCAAAUAUCCGAAAUACGCUCUUUAGUUCAUAGAUCUAAAAACGUUUCCUCAGAAGAGUUUAAAAAACAAGUUAAAACUCUUUUUAAAUCCAAUGAUUAG